GAGUAGAAGUUGAUAAUUUAUUAAAUAAUCAAGCCACAAUUUUUCGUUAUCUUUCGAUUCGAAAAAGACUGGUUGCGGCCAACAAUAAUUUGCCUUUUUUACAUUUGUCAAACGAAGUUUCAACCCAGCAAAAAUCGGUCAUCAACAAAGCCUUAAUUAAUCAAAGAGAAUUCGAAAGUUUAGGGUUAUAUGUAAGUUAUUUUUCCCGCUGGAAAGAAUUAGCCGCUCAAGAUCAUAAAAUUUGCUCCCUGUCUACCGUCUUGCAAAAAAUUGAAGAAUAUGAUAAUAAAGAGACUUCUCUCAAUGUCUACGCAAUUAUUUGUAACCUGGAAAAGAAAAGUGAAAUGCGA